UAUAUAUAUAUAUCACAACCCCUACUGUCACUACUUGUGUAGUAAAGGUGAGAAGUUGGUACAAGCAAUCAAACCCUAUGGGUUUGUGUUUACGGUCCAUCUGAACUCCGGGUGAUUACUCUGUUUUCUUCAAAGUCUCAAUUUUGAAGACAAAAGGAGGGCCCAUCUCCGUAGACUGGUGAAGAAAAGAAGAUGGGGACGAAGGAAGCGGAAGCAGAAGCAGCUGCUGCUGUUGCUGUUGCUGUUGCGUCAAAUCAAUCAAAAAAAAGUCUAAGAAGCUUCACCAACCCAACUUCCUUUUGGCUUCUAUCCACUCUUUCCGAUUUGGACGAGAGGAUGAAAAUGGUGGCACUAAACGUCCCCGAAAAAGACGACAAUGACACUUUUGCCCAACGUGCCGAAGCCUACUAUGAAAAACGCCCUCAGCUGGUCACCCUGCUUCAGGACUUGUACAAUGCCUACCUCUCCCUAGCCGACCGUUACCACCAAACGCUCACCAAGCACAAUCAUGAUCAUCACCGUCGUCAACAUUCUUCGCACGAGCACUAUAAUUACCGCGAUGAGGACGAAGAAAACGAUAUCGGCUCUGAUGCCGAGAGCUCACUCUCUUACCAGCAGCCUCCUCCGGUACUUUUUGCGGACACCCAAUGUGAUGCUGUUGUUGUGGAGCUGGUGAUGAAGUCGAUAGAGUGUGACAUCCUCGUGGACGAGAUGGGCGCGGUGGCGGAGCAGAGGUACUGGAGCGAGUCCUGGAGGAAGAUUGAGCUGCAGAAGAGCUUGUUGGAGGUGCUGGAGUCGGAGAGGCUGAUACUGCUGGAUGAGAACGCACGGUUGGGGUAUAAAGUGGCCGCGUUGCUGGAGGAGAACAAAGGGUUGGCAUCGGAGUCGAUGUUCAUGAAGAGGAAGGCCGGUGAGCUGGCGCAUUGCGUGCUGAGAAUGAGGGAGGAUCACGGCGUGUGUAUGCUAGGCCGGAAGAUUGAGGAUCUUCAGAGGCAAAUAUAUGGGUUGGAGAAGAAGAACAAGGAGUACCAUGAACAGUUGUUACUCAAAAGCGACCAACAUAAUCGACCAGCGGAGAAGAACAAGUACUAUCACUGCAAUUUCAAGAAGACCAAGAGUAGGAAGAUGAUGCUGGAGGACUGCUUUCAAGUGGAUCAAGAAGCUGAUGCUAAUGUGACGAUGAAGCGUGGCGGUGAGCAACCAAAUGGUGGUGGUGGUGGUUAUGGGAAGAGGGUUUCGAAAUGGUGGGACCGGGUCAAGAAUUAUGAUGUGUUUCUAUGCGUGCCCCAACCCAAUUUUACUUGUUGCUAAGCAAAACUUAAUUUCUACUACCUAGUUAUAUUAAAUGAAUGAAGACUAUGUUAGUUGUAUAAUUAACGUUUAGUGAUAUUUUCUUUCUA